CCCUCCAUCCCUCCGCACACCCUCCAUCCCUCCGCACACCCUCCAUCCCUCCGCACACCCUCCAUCCCUCCGUGCGUCCCUCCAUCCCUCCGUGCGUCCCUCCAUCCCUCCGUGCGUCCCUCCAUCCCUCCGCACACCCUCCAUCCCUCCGUGCGUCCCUCCAUCCCUCCGCACACCCUCCAUCCCUCCGUGCGUCCCUCCAUCCCUCCGCACACCCUCCAUCCCUCCGUGCGUCCCUCCAUCCCUCCGCACACCCUCCAUCCCUCCGUGCGUCCCUCCAUCCCUCCGCACACCCUCCAUCCCUCCGCGCGUCCCUCCAUCCUUCCGCUCACCCUCCAUCUCUCCGUGCGUCCCUCCAUCCCUCCGCACACCCUCCAUCCCUCCGCACACCCUCCAUCCCUCCGUGCGUCCCUCCAUCCCUCCGCACACCCUCCAUCCCUCCGCACACCCUCCAUCCCUCCGCACACCCUCCAUCCCUCCGCGCGUCCCUCCAUCCUUCCGCUCACCCCUCUGUCCUUCCCUGCAUCCCUCCGCGCACCCCCCCGUCCCUCCGCCCGCCUCAGCAGCGGUAUGGCGGGGCGGCCGCGCUUCCUCUGCGGCGUGGUGGAAGGUAGGUAGGUCCCUCCGGGGCCCUGCCCGGUCCACUCGGAGCGAGCAGGGCCAGGAAAGGCCGCCGGGACCCGAGCCGCGCCCGAGCCCCCGGGUGUUGGGGAGUCAGGGAUCGGGCCCCUGCACACCCCCACCUCUGCCCGGGGGUGAUGGACCAGCACCCUCUGCUGACGCUGCCCAGCUCUUCCCCACAUCACUGCUGCAUCCCGCAGCCAUUCCCGGCUUCAGCACCCUGAAGGGUUUCUGCCUGCCCGGGGCAUGGGAGCACAUCCCGUGUGUGCCCCCCCGUCCCUGCCCGAGGACACCGCCCGGCCCGGCAGCCCCGUGUGGCUCAGCCCUGUCCGGCCCGCCCCCAGCUCCUGUUUGUGCAGCAUCUCUGCGCUGGGGCCAGGCCUGGCAACAGCACCUCUGCUCUUCCCGGCAGCAGUGCCCGCCCUGCCCGGGAGGAGCAGAGCCGCCGUGCAAAUAAACACGAGAUAAAUAGAAAGCACAGGGGUGGGGAGGUUGAUAGUGAAAAGAAAUACGAGUCAGACAAGAAAAAUUGAUACAGGAUGGAAAGGCUCCCUCGCCCCGGUGGCGCAGGCGUUUUCAACAGAGCUGCUGGCAGGGCACGCGUACGGGGUGGGCAGCGCGCUUGCAGGGUCCUGUCAGUUCACAGCAAAGCGUGAGGGAGGGGCUUGCCGGCAGGUGCUGUACGGGGACUCCUGGGACUUCACUGUGAGCUGAGCAGGGGUUCCGGGGGGCUGAGAAAUGGAAAAUCUGUUUAUCAUGGAAAUACUUUCUUUGGGUAAAAUGUUUGAUCCCUGAGUGGCCACAUAUUUGGCCCUGUGCAUGGUGUGGGACAGAUAUAUAUUAUUUCAAAGUAGAUGGAACAGCGUACAUGUUCAGGCAGGCAGAAAAAGAAGAUAAUGGUCAGUGCUGUGGUGCAACGACCACGCCAUUGCCCGUGGCUGGCGCUGGGCCGUCGGGCGGCCCCUCCCGGGGCAGCGGGGCGGCAGGGUCUCCCCCACACAGACCAGCUCCGGUGCACUCGGGUGUGUGGGAAACGUGGCUGUUUUCUGGGCCUGGUGCCGGAUGCCGAGAGCCGGUCCUUGCUCCCAGACUGCAGGGUAGUUGCCAUCUGCCCUUGUGCGGUGCACAGUUCAGCAGAUGCAUCCACUUCCCUGAAUAUCUGCUCCUGGUGGCCUCCUCUGCCGGAAGGUGCGUUGACUGGUUCAAAAGUUGCCCACAAAGCAGAGCCCAUCCAAAUCUAGGAAGCUGCCUCGAUAGCUCGGUGCCAGCCCUGUUCAAGACACAAUGCAUUUUCUGUGAGACUUCCCAUUGCAGCUGCCGGCUCUCGCAGAGACUUGAAAUGUUAAAGAUCCUUCUCUUGCUAAAUUUCGAGUCGAUGCUGGAACACUUACAGGUUCCUCUUAACCUCGUCUUUAAGAAGCUGUCAAAUCUGCAUCUGGCCGGAGACGUUCACCUCCCGGUUCUCCCAUUGUCCCCGAGUGAGCUUGCUGUCCACCAGGUGUUCUUUCUCGCUGGCUUUGCACACAGCUCUGCGCCUCCCAGGUCUUCCUACAUGCAGAAAUAGGACGGGCCCUUCCCUGGAAGCGGUUCGGUGGGGGAGCGGCGCUGCACGCCCAGCAGUGCCCCGGCUGCCGUCCCCAGCCCCGGAGCGCUGGGCAGGCGGCUGUCAGGCGCCGGCGCGCAGGCACAGAGCGCGCAGGCGGCAGGAGUGGAAAUGUUAAGGAACACUGGGGAAUUUGCUGAGUCCAGAUCUGCAGUUCCUGCAUUCGGCUCUGUCGGUGUGAACCUUCUGGAAGGGCAAUGUCCUUGCGGGCGCUGAGGAGGGUCUGUUAGCAGACAGCUGCCUCCUUGUGUGCUGUCCCUUUCUGGAUUUUCCCUUGCAAGCUCAUGGGGAGGGUGUUUUCCAGUGGGGGACAGACAAGGUGUCUGUGAAACACCUUGUGGAGCCACAGUCCAGCGCUCGUGGGCAUCCCGGAAGGCCGUGUGUGUUCUUGACCCGAACACUCGCAGUGGGACGGGGACGCCGCCGAGUCCUGCCCCGCCGCAGUGCGGGUUUCUAUGGGAGACCAUGGUCUAUGGAACAGAGGAAACUUCUCUUUCAAUGGCUGAAACGCCGGGAGCUGAACUGCUACAUGUACGCGCCCAAGGACGAGCUGAAGCACCGGCUGCUCUGGCGAGAGCCCUACACGGAGCACGAGCCCGCAUGCGGUCUCUCAUCGAAGCCGCCCAAGAGCAGGGUGUGGAGUUUGUUUUUGCCAUUUCUGCUGGCCAGGACAUGGUGUUUUCAAGUGCUGGGGAUCGGCUCCUGCUGCAGCAAAAACUCAGGCAGGGAUCCCUGCAGUCCGUGCCCAUGCCCACAGGUGGCUGCCAUGGGGUGCCACUCCUUCGCUCUGCUCUUUGAUGACAUCGACCCCUGCAUGUGCCAAGCUGACAGAGACGUCUUCCCCUCCCUGGCGCAGGCUCAGGCCUCUGUGGCCAACGAGGCGUACCAGGAGCUGGGCCAGCCCUCCAUCUUCCUCUUCUGCCCCACAGAGUACUGCAGCUCCCUGUGCUCCCCCAGCCCCAGCCAGUCCUGCUACUUGCUGACGCUUGGCCAGGAGCUGCUCCCGGGGAUCGGCGUCAUCUGGACAGGCCCAAAGGUGGUGUCACAAGAGCUCUCGGCCACGCUGCUGGAGGAGGUGGAGGGCGUCCUGCAGCGCCGCCCCGUCAUCUGGGACAACCUCUACGCCAACGACUACGACUGCAGACGUGUCUUCCUGGGCCCCUACACGGGACGUGCCCCCGGCCUCAUGUCCAGGCUCCGCGGACUGCUCCUCAACCCCAACUGCGAGCUCCAGGCCAACUUCAUCCCCAUACACACCCUGGGCAGCUGGUUUCAGAGCGAGCUGGGGAGCUGUGCCCGCCCCGAUCACGCAGGGAUGGAGGUUACAGCAGCCCUGAGGGACAGCCAAGGCCCGCAGAAGGGGACAUAUAGCCCUCGGGAGGGCACAUACAGCCCCCAGGAGGCCCUGGAGUUGGCGCUGCUUGACUGGGUGGCCGAGAUAAACCAGCAGGCCUUGGAGCCAGGAGGAAAGGCCCUGGGACACCCCAGCGUCAGCCUGAAGGGAGGAACGAGGCUGCAGCCCGACUCAGGAGGACAGGAGGUGGUGUCUGACCCCCAGCCCCAUGGCUGUGUUCCCGGUGCGGCGGAGCAGGGUGGCCGUGAGCCCUGCGGCAUGGCACCGGGGCAGGGAUGGAGGAAGGUGACCUCGGAGCCUGGGAAGGGCAGCGGGAGCAGGACCUCUGCUGACGGUCAGCAAAGCCCCACAGGGGCCUGGGACCAGCUCACCACAGGGAGCAGAGAGAGCUGCGAGCCCUCUGCUCUGCCCAGCACGGCCGGGAGCACCCCGUCCACAACAGCCCCGGUGGCUACGGAGACCCUGCACAGCCCAGGCCCUGCCAUGUGCUGCAGCAACAGGGCCAGUGCCAGCCAGAACCUUCCCCUUCCCACCAGUGGUGCCAGGACAGGGGGUGGCAGCCCCUCGCAGGCCCCCUGCAGCGCCCAGCCCGAGGCCAGCAGGGCUGACAUGUCCCAGACACACCCAGGGCCUGGAGCUGGUGCCAGCCCUGGCCCUGCAGCCCCGCUCCCCGAUGGGGCUGGUGCCAGCCCUGGCUCCGCAGUCCCGCUCCCCGAUGGGGCUGGUGCCAGCCCUGGCCCUGCAGCCCCGCUCCCCGAUGGGGCUGGUGCCAGCCCUGGCUCCCCAGCCCCGCUCCCCGAUGGGGCUGGUGCCAGCCCUGGCCCUGCAGUCCCGCUCCCCGAUGGGGCUGGUGCCAGCCCUGGCUCCCCAGCCCCGCUCCCCGAUGGGGCUGGUGCCAGCCCUGGCCCUGCAGCCCCGCUCCCCGAUGGGGCUGGUGCCAGCCCUGGCUCCCCGGCACCCUGGACCCCAGAGGAGGCUGUGUCCAGCACCAUGGCCCUGCUGACUCUGGAGAAGACUGGGUCUGGUCCCACAGAACCACUGACUGCCAAGGAGGCCAGGUCCAACCCCACAGCCCCGGUGACCCCAGACGAGGCCAGGUCCAACCCCACAGCACCACUGACGCUAGACGAGGUGCGGAUGCUGGUAGAGCUCUUCUACCUGCCCUACCACCACGGCUCGCAGGCACAGCAUCUCCUGGAGCACUUUCGGUGGCUCUGGGCAAACAGCCUCAGCGUGGGUGUCCCGGCGGCAGCAGACGAUGCCAGUGGGGGCACGAGGUGGCGCGGCCGAGCCCAGUCCUUCCAGCUGCUCUGCGCGCAGAUCUGCCGCCUGCACAGCCGCUUGGUCAGCAGCGCCGGCCGGGCGCUGCUCUACGACCUGCACCGCUACCUCUGGGACAUCCGCAACGUGCUGCUGGCCGCCAGUGCCUUCGUCCUCUGGCUGGAUGGGCAUCUCCUCUGCGACCGCGACCCCAAGGGCACCUGGCGAAGCUGCUUUGGCUGGUGCAAGAGCAUCACUGCCCCGAUCCUGCUGGGGGGGGACGCCGAGCCCUGGGCACGCCGUGGGGGCCUGUUUGGAGAGCUGCAGGCUCUGCUGCCCGUGGGGAACAGCUGUGACCUCUUCUACCAGCCACCUCCGCUCUUCCCAUGCAGCCAGCUGUACCUGCUGCGCCCGCUGCUGCCCCCGGACAAGGCAGAGCUUUACCAGAUGUGCCGGGAGAGUUUGGACUGUGACCCCAAAGUCGCAGAGAUCCUCGUGGCCCACCCCGACCUCCUUGGUGACAGGUUGCUGGGCAGCUUCCUGAGCCUGAGCCCCGAGUACACGUUCGUGCUGGAGGAUGAGGGUGGCCCGUGCGGCUACGCAGCCGGAGCACUCUGCGCUGAAGACUUCCUGCAACAGCGAGACAGCAACUGGCUACCGGCCACACGGCACAAGUACCCCCGAGACCUGGGCGCAGGGACCCCAGCUCCAGGACAGGGUGCCCUGGAGGAAGCACUGCUCUUCUUCCACACAGAGCCGCUGGCUGUGCCCGUGCCCGUGCUGCGGCGCUUCCCCUCCCUGGUGCAGCUGGGCACGGCCCCCCGUGUACUGGACGUGGGGGCCAGCCGCAGCCUGGCCAUCUGCCUGCUCAGUGCGCUCAGGGCCAACGGGUCGCGGGGAGUGUUUUGCCAGGUCAGUGCCACUGACCAGCAGCAGCUGAGCUUCUACAGCAGGCUGGGCUUUGUCGCCCUGCCAGUGGCCUGGGACAGCUCUCCUGGCACUCGGCUCCUGGGACGUCUCCUCUGAGCAGCUGGGGGUGCAGGCACAGGGAGGCCGUGCUGCAGGACGUGCUGACCCCCAUCCUGCACGGCAUCGGCCCGAGGCAGCGGGAGCAGCGCGCACCUUGAGCAGGGCAGGUGGACGUGAUGGGGACAUAGCCUGGGGGUGAGGAGGACGUCACUGGGAUGUGUGCAGGGCACUCGGCUGUGAGGGUCCUUUGGCGACAGAGAGGUCUUUCUGCCUUCUCAGGAGAUCUGGGCAGCAGGGCCCCUCUGCUCCUCCCCUGACUGUUCCUGCUUGCCAAGCACCCUCCACCUUUGCUGGGCAGCCAGCGACAUCCCUGGGCUGGCUGCAGAGCACAGGCCUGGUGGAACCGCGUGGGCCGUGUUCGGGUCACAGAGCAUGGCACCGUGCCCCAGCGCUAAGAGGGUGUCCCUGUCCUGCGGGCUGGCUGUCCCGCUCUCUCCAUCCCGCAUGGCACUAGGCAGGGCAGCCGGUGCCGGGGCUGGCUCUCGGCACCAAGGACCUGCUUGUCCGCAUGGUCUGGUGUGGGACACAGUGAGGCAGCUGCCAUCUCUGCUGCCCGAGGGAAGUGCUGUCCUUGGCAAUAAAGUAUUUGCUGGGCUCUC